AUGCCGAUCCUCGCAGAUCCAUGCCGGGAUAAUUUAGAAAGGGGUGUGCAACAAACCACCACAGGGCAACACAAUGAAGCAGCAGUCUCAAGCUAUUCUCACAAGCUACAUUCCGGGCAGUGCAGGGUUAACUUUAUUAUGAUAGGAGAACAAAACAAAGAGUAUGACACCGGACUUAUUUUCCGGCUUUGUCGCGAGUGGGUGAGUGACUUUGCUGCUCCUCCCUCCGCGUUCACUUCCCUAGCAUCUCUUCAAACCGCGUCGUUCUUUUUCCAGGUCACUCAUUUGAAAUACAAACUUCCAACGCCCGCGACCAGGCAACCCACCCUUUUCACUCUUUUCAGCCUCGCCGCUACAGUCAUCGCUCUCCCUCCUUCGGCUGGCGGCUUUGGAAAUGGCAACGGCGCGGCCAACCAAGGAAACACCGAUGUGCGCUUCAGCGUUCCCGACGACAUGACCGUCAAACAAGCCCAGGCCAAGUGUGGCGACCAGGCUCAGCUUUCCUGCUGCAACAAGGCUCUUUAUGCGGGCGAUAAGUCUCGUCGCUCUGGUAUCGAGCUAUUCGAUCAGUGCUCUAAGUUGGAUAUCCAAAUUCCAAUCCUUAUUGCUGUUCCGAUUCAGGAUUUGGUCAAUCAGAAUUGCAAGCAGAACGUCGCCUGCUGUCAGCAUUCUCCAUCCACGGCUGACUCCGAUUUGGCUGGGCUUGGACUCCCUUGCAUUGGUAUCGGCUCUAUCGCUUAA